AUGGCGAUUUCAAUGGCGAUUUCUGGUAUGUCUCAAGAGUUACCAAAACGCCUUUUUAAGCCGGGUGAGGAGACUCAAGUCAGUCAGAUCAAUAACAACUGCAGGAUGGUACUAUAUCUCAAAAGGUUGGAGGAAUGGCUGCCAAAGGAGUUGAACGAAGUGAAGAAAGAUCGGGUUUUUGCUCCGAUUUUCAAGUUGCACGAGAAUGGUUUGGGUUACUCGGCGAGGGUGAUACACAGUUUCUUGUGUAGGGAGCUCGUGACUUACAAAACACAUGAGCUUUGGUUUGUCUUUGCGAGGAGAGCACUCCGGUUUUCGUUGAUGGAGUACCAUGCUGUUACCGGGCUUGAGUGUGAUGCUAGUCUCUCCCUUAAGGAGCCGGUUGACUGGGAAGAUGAUGGUGGUUUCUGGAGCUUAGUCAUUAAGAGUAAUAAAGGAAUUUCUAUGUUGGAGUUAUGGAAUAAACACAGGUUAGCUGUUAAGAAGUGGAGUAAUGCUGAUCGAAUUAGGCUGGUGUAUCUUUGCAUCAUUGUGUGUAUGGUUUGCGCGAGAGAUCAGAAGGCAAAUAUCCCCAUCAAGUACAUCAAGUUGGUCAUGGAUCUUGAGAAGGUCCGAAAGUACCCUUGGGGAGUUGCUUCUUUCGACCUUCUAUGCGAGUCAAUAGGUAAAACACGAGACAACUUGAAGGAGAAGACUACGAGUUACGUGUUAGAUGGCUUCUCCUACGCUCUUCAGAUUUGGGCAAUGGAAGCAAUUCCAAAAAUUGGAAAGCUCUGUGGAAGAAAACUGAACAAAAGUUUUAAGAACGGUCCUAGAUGCGUAAACUGGAUGGGAGCUGCAAAGAUUUCAUACCAGGAGCUCAUUCAUUUGGAGAACAUCUUCACACCCACGGAUGAGCUCUAUCCAUACAUCUCGUGGACAGGCAAUUGUGAUGAAGUUGAUAGUAUAACUUUUCUGAGAGAAGAUGAGGUGGAGGAUGAUAGAAUCAAGGUUCUCAAGAGGAUGAUAAUGGCUAACCAUGACUUCAGUGAUCAUACUUGGGAGUAUGAAGAGACAAUAGUCUUUUCAUUUGGGCUUGAUGACAAAGAAGUUGGGAGCGAUCAAGCAGGUGGGAGCGAUGAUGGUGAAGCUGGGAGCUAUGAAUCAGGUGGGAGCGAUGAUGAUUUUCGAACUCCAAAAGGAUCAGCAAACAUAGGCUCCAGAGCUACAAAGGGAAAGAAGAGGCUUCCGGAUCGUGGAAUGGAAAAAAGGAAGCAGAAGGUUCUACAUACUAGAGCACAACAGGCUCCGUUUGAUGAAGAUAUGAAGGAGUUUGUGGCAAACUUGUUUCAGCAGAAUUUUGCUGCGAUGGAGCAGAGGCUAGAGAAACAGAUGGGUGAAAGGUUUGAUGAAGAUAUGAAGGAGUUCUGUGCGUCGCAGAAAGUGGAAGUCUAUGAUUGCGGUUGGGGAAGGAAUAGGCAAUACGUAGAAAAGUUUGCUACUAUGAUUCCUAGAAUUGUGAAGGCCGUGGGUCCAUCUAAGAGCAAGCUACUCCUGUCAUCAUAUUCGAUUGUAGAUAUGCCUAUGCAGACAAGGUUGAACAAGUCUUGUGCUGAUUGCGGGGCAUACGCACUCAAACACUUGGAGUACAUCCUUCUUGGUCUCGACAUCAGUUUAGUGGAGGACGGAAUAAUGCCUGGUUGCCGACAGAAGAUUGCUUAUGAUAUAUGGGAGGCUGCUCAUGAUCCCAUUUUAAUCCAGCUUAUGGCACAACAUAUUCCUUCGGAGUUUGAGUCUUCUGCUUCUUAUGAUCUUGAAGAAGACUGA